CACAUACACAAGCAUACGUAGCAGUAAGCACAAUCGCAUUAACAAAACGUUCUCCUUUUCACAAACGACUGGCACAUUUUAGAGAGAACCAGCCACCAACCAGCGUAUAUGCCCCACAUUCAUAUAUACAGCGAUAUGUUGUCACAACUCGUUAUCGAUCACUGCUCUGAAUAAUUAGUGAAACUUCAUUAGAGAGAUGUCGAACUGUCUAUCAUAUAUAACUCUCAUUUAGGAAAUGGUUUCAUGAUAAAAUGGCGAAAAAAAAAUAAUGAUUAAAAAAAAUAACAUGUAGCUGGAUAUUGUAUUGAGUCUUGAAUUAGUUUUGCGUCGAAAAGAAGAAAAAAAAAAGAGAAAAUAAACUGGCAGAAACUUUGGUGAGCGAACGGAGUCAUGAUUUUAAACAAUGGCUAAAGAAAUUGGAGAGAAAUUGGGAUUGAGACUGAAGUUUGUAUGAAUGUUGUGCAAUAAUAAACAGCUUGACCGAAAUUUGCUGCAGAAUAAAGCUGGUAUGAAUUUCGGAACUUCACAAAUAACCAGAGAAAAUUCAGAUUUACUCUACUACAAGCGAUUGGUAAAGAGCUUGAGGCGCUUCGGACGUGAUAUGCAGCUGAGAUAAAUUCUGGACUUUGGUAAAUCUUUGCAGACAAUUCAGAGAUCGUGCUUUUUGUGGUGUGAAUUUUAGAUUACUGGUACUCCUAAGUAGCUGGAGAAAUUUGGAUGCCGGAUGUUGGUUGUAAGAAUGUUGGACUCAAGCAAGUAGCUGGAAAUAUUUCGGUCACGAUGUCCAGUUGAGCUGAAUUCUAGACAUUGAGAAGUCGUUGCAGGCAAUCUGAAGAUCAUACCUUUGUGAUAUUAAUUUUACAGUGCUGUUAAUGCUACAGAGCUGGAUAAAAUUCGAAUGUCGUAUGCUACUUCUAAGAGUAUUGGUCUUCAACAAAUAACCGGAGUUAUUUCGGACACUGUUAGGAAUAAUGGCGUAUUAGAAUAAAACUGACCAGGAAUUUGAAUAUUUUUUGUUGGAGAUAUGGAUUUUGGACUUAUUCUAAAUGCAACUCUUCAAACCAUAAAAGUGCAAUAACCCCGGAGAGAAACAUCUAAAUACAUGAGAACUGAAAGGUCACAUUCGUGAUGUGGGUCCCUGGAAGACUUUAUAUCGGUGACAACUGACUCAUUUGGUCCUGACUCAUUUGCUUGAUGCAGAUUAGGCUACAUAAUCUUCAUACAAUUUUCAGUGAGAUCAUUCUCUAUACAAAUAACUAUGUCUGCUUAAUUCUAUCUGUGCCUAGAUGUAAGUGUAUAAUUUCACAUUUAUUCGAAAUAUUCCAUCUCUGAAACUUCUAUGAGGAUCAAAAUGUCCUACAAAAACAUAUUAACUUGCAAUCUAUGCGAAAAUAGAUUCACCACGCCGCCACGGCGAUUCCCGUGUUUGCAUACGUUUUGUGAACGAUGUUUGACUCAUCGGAUUUUGGUGCGGGCUAUCGAGUCUAUCGUCCGACAGAAAGAUGCCUUGUUGGCGCGGAGAGAAAUGGAUCUGGAAAAAGUGAGCGUCGCAUCAACGGCAACGUUGAGCAAGCGAAGCAGUAUUGACAGUACCUGUUCAACAGCGAUAAUAUCAAGGAAGUCAUCGGCGAGUAGAGUCAAUACCACCGAAGACGAAGCGGUAGAGACUGAUGAACCGGCUGCGGAUAUACCUCAUGCAGAUAAACCGUCUGAGAAAGAAGAGGCCCCGGAGAAACCUCCAGUGCGCAGCCGGUUCGCAUUUUUAUUUUCAAGUCGAAGGGCAGCGAAGAAUCUCGCUAAGAAAGCAGAGAAAAAGAAAGAUGAUGAGAAAGAAAAUAAUGAAAACAAUAAGAAUGAGGAAGAAAACAAAGAGAAAGUGGUUAAUAAUGAAGACGAUGGGCAAUCUGCGAAUAAGAAUUAUAACCCAUUCGAAGAUAGUGACGAAGAAGGAGUAAACAAAGAGAAACCCGAAGAAGGAGCCAGCAAAGAGAAUAUAGCCAAUGACGUGGAGACCCCCAAGACCCCCACUGGAGCAAGAAGUGAGAGUCGUCGUGAAUCAGUAAGAUCUGUUAGAUCAGAAAGGUCAGUGAAGUCUGAGCGAUCAAUGAAGUCAGAAAGAUCACUGAGGUCAACUAGUAAAGCCGAGUCCCUUGUCGGUGAUAGCGGAAGUGUACACGACAGUUUAGCUCUCUCGAUGUAUGACAGAGAAAACUUUAUGGCGUUUGCUGUGAAACCCGAUUAUACGGACAACGAUCUUUUGUGUGUGGCAACUAGGAUUUGGUGUCCAAAAUGCAAAAUAGAAAUUAAACUGAAUGUAGAAAUUCCAGUGACGGAACCAAUUAUUCAGAACAGUGCCAUCAAAGAAAUAAUUAUGAAUAAAUUCCCAAUAAACGAUUUUGUGGAGUAUCUACUCAAAGCCGACCGACGAAGCCGUGAAGAGCAGAAAUGUACGUCUUGCUUCAAACGGAAUAAUAUAAAGAUUGCAAUAACCUGGUGCAUACAAUGUGGGCAAGGAUACUGUCACAUGUGUACAGACCUUCAUAAAGGUUUUGAUCCGUUUAGAUCACACAAUAUAUUCGAUAUUUCGAAAAACAAGCAUCAAAAACUUCUGGGUAUAUCAUCUAUCUGUGAGAAGCAUUUAGAUUAUUUUUCGGUUUACUGCAGCAGUUGUCGGAUCCCGUUGUGUCUGCAGUGCAGUUCCCAGCAUUACAGAGAGAAGCACGCAAGCGAUGGACAGCAACCAAUGUUACUGUCUGAUAUUGCAAACGAGAAACGGCGAGAAGGAGAGGGGAUUCUAAGGACGAUUGCAUCGAGAAAAGACAACAAAUUAUCGGUGAUUCAGGAACUACAGAAGCGAUUGAACAGUCUUAAAUCAAAGAAAUCUUCUCUAAUUCGUGAUGUUGAUUCGACUAUUAACGACAUUGUAAUGAAACUACAAACCGAGGCUUUGGUGAAACUUCAUUUGGAAGUCGGUCAGAUGGUUUCAGUUGAGGAGGAAAAAUUACGAAGCGAAAUCCAACAAACAGAGAUGCAAAUUGAGAUAUUGAAUCAAUCGUUUCUAUGUAUGGAUGUUGCUCUGGAUGAGGCCCACGAUGACCAGAUGAUAACUAUCUUCCACGAUAUCAAUAAAACGCUUCAGUUUAAAGAAAUGACUGAGCCGCUGAGUAGUAACGUUGUAACCAGAAUAUUCCUGAGGUACAACAAUGAAAUUUCAGCCUUUUUUGAAAGGCUGAAACAGUUCCCCAAUGCAGAUCUCGUUCAGAACUUUCCUGAUGACACGAUGCCGACUAAUGGGCUUUUGAUUGGUGAGAUAGGGGACGCUUCUCCCUUGGAACCUGCUACAUCAACUGAAACCUUAGCCACUGAUAAUGACAGUAAAAGCCUGUCAGAAGCGGACAAAGAUAACUCCAACGCUCUCGUGCCAGCGCGAGCAGAUAAAGACAAGACAAAUGUGGGAUCACGACUUUUUCCUUCCGGUUCAAGUCCUCUGGCAUAUGCUUUUCUGGGGUCGGUCAAUGAAGUGUCAGAGGUCAACAAACCGAUUUUACUCUUUGACGUUUUAUUUCUAAACGACGAUCGAAUUGUGGUCUCGGAUUUUCACCACAAGAACAUUAAAGAAUUCAAUAAGGAAGGACACCUUCUGGCGUGUUGUUCCGUGGAAGGAUCUCCAACUGGAAUUUGCGCAAUAUCCGAACACAUGGUCGUCUGCGUACUGCCUUGGUCGAAAUGCAUAUGUUUCCUUAUGAGAGACACACGUAGCAAUUUCUUAGCUAUCUCCACCAAAGUUGUCGUAGAAAACCAAUACAUCGGCGUGGCCAAGAUGGAUUCGAAACGGCUCAUCUGCUCGAGAGACAACGCUGUUGAUUUGCUGAGCUUAAAUGGAGAAAUUCUUCAGACUCUUUCAACUCUGAGAGAAGAAUACGGGCGACUGAUCGAGCCUCGUUAUUUAGCAAAGGUCGCUGUAGAUGGCAAUUUUUUGAUAUCCGACUGUAAACGCUCAGCUUUAAUCUGUUGUAAUAUAGAAGGAGAUGUAAAGUUCUUGUACACAGGCAGUGUGGAGCACUCCCUAAUGAAGCCGAGCGGAGUUUGCGUGGAUGACAACGGUUUUAUCUAUCUUGCUGACAGCGAAGCCAACAAGAUCUACAGACUUAACGGAAACGGUUUGUUUGAUAAGGUUAUGUACGACGCCAGCGACGGCCUCACGCUACCACGUGGUCUCGACAUAUCUCCAGACGGAAUGACGCUGUAUUUAUCUGAAUCUGAUUCCGGAAUCGUGAAAGUGUUACGUAAGAAAGAAACGGUAGAAACGUAACUGUCAGUGAAUGCUAUGAUAGGCCAAUGUGUAUUGGAUGAUGUGGUGGCUUUCAUGACGCAGUGAUACAAAGACUAACGCAAAUCUGGAAACGCAAGGAGAUAGAGAUCAGUGAGAAGCAUUGUGAGAUUGACAGAAUGCAAUAUAAACCAACAAAACACGAUGAGACAAGGCUUAAUCUUUCAGACAUCCACAAUAAGUACGGUUGAUUUGUUGCUCGAAUGCGCGCGCCACACACAAAAACACAUUCAGCGGCACUUACAAAUAUAUACUCACGUAUAUGUAUUGUAAAUAAAUCUAUCUGUCUGCCUGUCUGCCUGUCUGUCUGUCUGUCUGUUUGUUUUUCUGUAUAUCUAUCUAUCUAUGCGUACUUACCAACAAAUACACACAUACAUACA